CGAACCACGGCGCAGAGCGGUCCUGUUUGCCUGCGGUGCGCAAGUUAAUCCAGCACUCGUCCUCAUCUCCUCUCUUCCAACCUGAUCAGUCGCCUGAGGGCUCCGUGGAUGGUCUCAAUUGCCUGACUGUCCUUGCUCUUGUGUUGAUAGUGUGAAGAAAAGCCACAGUCUUCACCGCGCCGCCUCACCUUCCCGCCGUCGUCCCCAAAACACACAUUCGCCCGACCAGAAAAUGGCUGUCGGUAGCACACCUCUCUCCCCUAAGUCACAACAAGACCUCAACAUGGUCAUGCCGAUGCCUCCUCCUCUGCUGCAUACUCGUUCCGGCAACGAGAUGUACGACCGUCCUCAAACCCCCACAACUCCUGGAGGCGGUGUUGUUCAUGGCUUCACCAGUCCUGCACAAACGCCUCAAGGCAGUCCAAGCAAGAAACAACUGCCUCCUGGAGCCAACGACCUGCCCAAUGUGUUUGACAAUGCCAUGAAAUUGGCUCCCACGUCGCCCACCAAGACGCAGCCGAAAUCCCCAGCCAAACAAGGAUUCUCUGCUGGUGACGAGAACAUGAGUGAAGAUCCCUUCGCAGAUCCGCCUGCUCAGUAUUAUGGUCGCUCAGAGAGCCCCACGCGUCAAUCCAACAAAGAGAAUGCUCCCGCUAGUGGCCUGGCAUAUGGCAAAGGUGUCCAGCAGAACCAUGCUGCCAUCUCGCGACAAGAACAAUACCGGACAGCUGACUCCAAGAAGACCAUGACCACAACCAAAGGACUUACGGCCGAGGAGUUGCAAAAGUUGCAACUUCCCAAAGUGAAGCGUCUGGCAAAUGUGACUCAAUUGUACUUCCUUGACUACUAUUUUGACUUGCUCUCGUACGUUCACAAUCGUCAGUCCAGAGAAGCUGCCUUCAAAGCCUCGUUCCCUGCUCCACCUGAGACACCAAGAGAAGAGUUCGACACUGCACUCCACAAGUACCUUGGACGUGAGCGAGCCAACCUGCGCAAACGUCGCACUCGCCUCCGCCAUGGAGACUUCCAAAUCCUCACCCAAGUGGGCCAAGGUGGGUACGGGCAGGUCUAUCUAGCCCAAAAGAAAGACACUCGAGAAGUCUGCGCACUUAAGGUCAUGAGAAAGAAACUCCUCUUCAAACUGGAUGAAGUGCGUCACAUCUUGACUGAGCGAGACAUCCUGACCGCCGCGAAAUCCGAAUGGCUUGUCAAGUUGCUCUACUCUUUCCAGGAUGAAGAACAAAUCUACCUGGCCAUGGAGUAUGUUCCUGGAGGUGACUUUCGAACUCUGCUCAACAACACCGGCGUUCUUCAUAAUCGCCAUGCAAGAUUCUACAUUGCUGAGAUGUUCUCCUGUGUCGACGCCUUGCACACACUGGGCUAUAUCCAUCGCGACCUGAAACCAGAGAAUUUCUUGAUUGAUGCCACCGGACAUGUGAAGCUCACCGACUUUGGUCUCGCCGCCGGCAUGCUUAGCCCUAUCAAGAUCGAAAGCAUGCGCAUCAAGCUCGAAGAAGUAGGAAACACGCCAGUUCCCUUUGGUAUGCCGGCCGUCGAAGACCGGUCCGCCGAUCAACGCCGCGAGGGUUACCGUUCCCUCCGUAAGAAGGACAUCAACUACGCCAAGUCCAUCGUCGGCUCACCCGACUACAUGGCCCCAGAAGUGCUCAAGGGUGAAACAUAUGAUUUCACCGUCGACUACUGGUCUUUGGGUUGCAUGCUCUUCGAAGCCCUCGCAGGAUACCCUCCGUUUGCUGGUGCCACCGUCGACGAAACUUGGCAGAACCUCAAACGUUGGCAGCGUGUGCUCCGAAAACCCAUCUACGAUGAUCCCACCUAUUUCCUGUCCAAGCGUACCUGGGACCUGAUUACUCGCCUCGUUGCUGCCAAAGAUCACCGAUUCAAAUCCAUCUCCGAAAUCCACAAGCAUGAGUACUUCGCCGAAGUGGACUUCUCCAAGUUGAGAGAGCAGAAAGCGCCGUUUGUGCCGGAACUGGAUUCGGAGACGGACGCUGGGUACUUUGACGAUUUCUCGAAUGAAGCGGAUAUGGCCAAGUACAAGGAGGUGCAUGAUAAACAGAGAGCACUGGAGGAGAUGGCGGAGCGGGACGAAAAGAUGGGCAAGGGUCUUUUUGUGGGAUUCACAUUCAGACAUCGCAAACCAGAUGCCGAAGGAAGCCCGCGGAAGAGGAUCGAGACCGAAGGCACAUUCGGAACGAUCUUCUGAGAAGGCGGCUGGAAGUUUCGGAGAGAGUCAUAGACACGGCACCAGCAGCUAUCCGCUCUAUGCCAGCAUGUCUGACCUCUUUUCUCCUUUGCCACUCGUCGAUCUGUUUACGGUACGGUAUGAAACAUGGAAGAAAGAUGCAAUACGAGGAUUUUUGUAUGAGUGAUAACACAGCGCUGGGCACUUGAUGUUGAAAGGGUAACGGGGGUACGGUCGGAGCGAUGAGAAUGUGUUCAUUUCGGUUUCGCUGGAUUGGAAUGAGGCUGGUGACUCACAUGGUAUCUCACCACGUUGUAAUGUGAGAGUAGCGAAAUGAUAAUGCAGCUUUGAAUAAGACUGGACGAGCGGGUCGGCUAUGGUUCAGCGAAGGGGAGUUUUGGAAUGUCUCAUUACCUCCCCAAAUAGAAGCCCUUGUCUGCUGUCGACAACAAGCCGUGAUACCAGUCAGAAAUAAGCAACAACGCCGGCCUGCCGGUGUAGAAC